AUGGGUUGUGUGUCUGAAAAUAGAGGACAGCUGGAGGACACUUCGUGUAGGCCUACCUCGCCUAUUCUUUUGAAGUCAAGUGCACCACAGUGCAUCAGGGCAGCCCUAGAAUAUAUGUUCCAAUUCACGAUUACAGACGCAGCCGAUUGUGACUUUGAGGCCAGCAACCUCUGCGGUUACACCCAGGAGAUGAAAGAUGACCUUGAUUGGACAUGGAACUCAGGAUCAACAGGCACAUUCAUGACUGGACCCAACAUGGACCACACAUUCGGAAGGACCAAGUAUGGUACAACAGUGCAAGGACACUACCUGUACCUCGAGUCCUCUCCUCCAGCCAAGGAGGGCGACAAGGCAGUCAUCACCUCACCCCCAAUCACUGGAAUCUCGGACAUGUGCCUGCAGUUCUGGUACCACAUGUUCGGCCAUGGGAUAGGUACAAUCAAUGUUUACACCAAGGUGGCUGAGAACAUGCCAGAGUUAAUUUUCUCAAAUUCUGGUAACCAAGGCAACCGUUGGUUAAAGGGCGAGGCGACCAUCUUGUCAGCAACAGUAUCUCAGGGAUACCAAUUGGUGUUCGAGGCAACGAGGGGCAGAAGUUUCAGGGGAGACUUGGCAAUUGAUGACAUCAAGGUGAACAGCGGGCAGACCUGUGUAGUAGGUUUAAAUACAUCAUGCGAGGACCAAGACCAGCGAUGCCCUCUGUGGGCAGAAAUGGGAGAUUGUUUGAACAAUGCAGCGUUCAUGCUAGAAACAUGUAAACAGGCUUGUGACAAUUGCGGAAAGUAGCUUUUACAGAACCGAAUUGUUUUUCAAAAAACAAGAAAAGAACAUAAGGCAUAACAGGGUAUAUGUAUAAA